AUGGGAACCGUGCUUGUUCUCUCAAAUGAGUAUCUUCCUGUGAAGUAUGGAGUAUCGCUUGCCAUUAACCAUUUGAAGCCUAAUUUUUCAGGUACAGUAGCAAUUGACUUGGCUGCUAACUCCAAUUACUGUGGUGAACCAGAUGAGAGCACCUUCAAGUUAACCUUGCAUUCUCACCGUCUUAUCAUCACCACGGCAAAGCUUGCUGUUUCUGAUGACCCUGAAGAAGAAGUGGCCUUGAAAGUUUCCUACAACAAAGAUUCCCAAACUGUUGACCUUAUUGGGACAAUCAACCCAGGUUCAGUAGCACCAAAGAAAGUCUUGAUCGAAUAUGUGGGACAAUUGAACACCAUCAAGACCUUCAAAGAUGAAACAAGGGGAUUAUUCAAAACCAACUAUUCGGAUUCUAUUAACGGGAAAGCGGAUAAUUAUGUUUUAGCAACUCAUACCCAACCUCAUGGUUGUCGUACUAUCUUCCCACUUAUAGAUGAAUUGACUUCCAAAGCUCCUGUACAAUUAUCCAUCACAACCAAUUCAAGAUUCAAAGUCGUUGCAAAUGCUCAGUUAGAAUCUGAAGAAUACGUUUCCAUGACUGAAAACACAAAGCAUACCUUCAAACCCACUCCACCAAUCUCACCUUCUGUAUUUGGAUUCGUUAUCGGAGAUUUGGAAUAUGUGGAAAGUACUUCAUCCAAACUGUCUAUCCCCGUUAGAUUUUAUACUGGCCUAGGUGAUUCACAUCUUGUCAAAGAAUCUGCCUGUUUGGUGUCUGAAAUAUUGCAAUAUAUAUCUGACAAACUUUUCUGUGUACCCUACCCUUUGGACAAGUUGGAUUUUGUUAGUUUACCCUUUUUAAGUGAUGGAGCCAUGGAAAACUGGGGGAUCAUUACUGUUGUUUCAAACCACUUGUUACAUAACCCUAAUCCACUUUCGUUAAAGCAACUUUUAGCCCAUGAAUUAAUUCAUCAAUGGAUUGGUAACUUGGUUACUUUCGAAGAAUGGAAUGAUUUAUGGCUUAAUGAAUCUGUUGCUUCGUAUUUGGGUAAUUAUGCGCUUUCAGAAAUGGGCCAUUUUGAUGAUUUCGAGAUCGAUAUCACUACAAAUAGUUGGGAACAAGGAAUGGAUGUUCCCUCCUCAGCUUCAAUUCACCAAUACAUGCAAACAGUUCAUACUGGACUCGGUAGUUCAACAGCCACCAUUUUCAAUCCUGAAAUGUACGAAAGAGGUAUGGUGCUUCUUCGGAUGCUUAUGAAGAUCAUUGGUGUCCAGGGCUUCUUUAAAGCUUGGAGCUCUGUAUUGGAGAUGUACCAAUUUAAAUCAAUCAAAUUGCAGGAUAUUUGGAAGGCAAUGAACGACCAAAUUGAAUCCGUUGAUAUACUUGCGUUUAUCCAUGCUUGGUUACGAUCAACUGCUUAUCCAAUUGUUGAGGUUACUCAUAAUGGUAAGCAGUUGUUAUUGACUCAGAACAAGGUCGACUCUUCUAAUGAUGAUGAAAAUGUACCAUUCCAUAUUCCAUUAAACAUCAAAAUAGUUGCGGAUAACGGUGAAACCAAAUUAAUGACUAUCAUGAUGACCGAUAGAUCUGCGCUGUUUGAAAUCCCCGUGAACCAGAUAGUCAUUUUGAAUCAUGAUAAGGCAGGGUUCUACAGAACAUUAUACCAAUCACCCGCUCUUACGAACCAAAUCACCGAGAACAUAACCAGCAAUCAAUUGAGCACCAUAGAUUUACUUGGACUUAUCAACGACUAUGGCAAAGUCCUUACUGAAACCCCCACGGAACAAGAAGUGACGACGUUCUUUGCAAUUUUGACCAGCUUGGCUCAUAAGUCAUGGAAGAUCGACUUUAACGUGUUGAACUUGGCCUUAAACUACUUGGAGCAUAUCAAUAAGGUGUUUAUCAACUUCACUCAAUACACCACCUUUUCCCAAUGGAUCAAUGCCUAUUCCGUACAGCUUUAUGAUAAGGUUGGGAAAUGGGACUCGUUACUAAAACUUGAACGAGGUGAGUACAACGCUGUGGAGAUGAAGUGUAGAAACACUCUUCUUGAACUUAACACUAGUCACAACAAGAGAGCUCAAGACUUGGUCCGCAAGUUGUACAAGAACUUUAUAAGUUCCGGUCUUAGCAAGUCUUUCACUCCAGGAGAGCUUCUUCUGGCUAUUUUUAAUGGUCAGAUGUAUGUUGCCACUCAAAAGGAAUAUAAACGUACGCUUGAGUUUGCUAAGAACUCAAACGUUUCCUUAUUGAACAACACCAAUGUCUCCAACCAUGAACUUCAAACAUAUGCUGUUGUUUCGUUGGGGUACACUUCCAAUGAUGCACUUUUCCUCAAGACACUCAACUUUAUUAUGACCAAUAUCGAUUCCAAAUUAAUCGAGUUGGCAUUAAUGGGUGCUGUUUCUCAAUACCAAACGGUGGAUCGCAAGGAUCAAGUAUGGCAUUGGUUCAACUUGCACUACAAUCAAUGGUGUUUCCGGUCGCUUAGAAAGGGAAGUGACUGGUCGAAACAGAUUGGUAUCACGUUACAAAACAUAGCACGGAUGGUUUUAGGUCAAUUGAUGGCCCUGGAGCCCACCAAAGUAAAGGAGUUUGUCGAGAAUAAGACCAGUACUUUACCAGACCAUGGUUUGACCAAAUUGGUGGAGGAAUUAGAAGCGGAAAACAAACCGAAAAGAGUGCUUGCCAGUUACUACAAUGGGUUGGUGGAUCAAUUGUAA